AUUCACUCCAGGCAGCAGCAGAAGCAGCAGCAGAAACAGCUUGCUUGCAUGCUUGCUUGCAUUGUAGAGAUUUCCUGUUGUCCACAGAAGGGAGGCAGAAGCCGAAGCAAAAGGAUGCCCAUUCGUUCCCUGCCUCCCACCUCUUUCUUCCUCUGGCCAGUGGUACCCUGAAGAGGAGCCGCAACAGGUGCUACGGAUGGGCAUAGCCGAGAUGGAAGAAAGGAGGAUGAGCUACCAGCAGGAUCAGCGCUGCCACUUGGGGCACAGUGAUGUAGAAGAGGAGCUUCAGAAUCUAGGGUGAGAACAAGUAGCUAUGCGUAAUUCCAGCAGACAGAGGAACCCUCCAUUCCCAGGGAAGCUCUGAGAAGGCUGAGAAAGCCUGCUGACAUUAUCAAGCUGAUGCUAUGGCACCAGAGGUACUUUCUGCUGACCCUUGUCUGCUUUAUUUCUUUAGUGCUAGCUCACAUGAUAAUGCCGUGCAAUAGGCUAGGCAGGCAGGAACAGUUGUAUUGCAAGCUGACACUCCUGUUUGCUCCCUUCCCCGCUUUUGGAAGUAAACAGGGCAGGUGUGUAUCUGUGCUGGGAGUUGAAGCUCUGAGCCUUGAAUUUAAAAAUGCAUGAGUCUCUCGGCCUCACUCACCUCACAGAGUGUUUGUUGUGGGGGAGGAAGGGAAAGGAGAUUGUUAGCCGCUUUGAGACUCCUUAAGGGGAGUGAAAGGUGGGAUAUCAAGUCCAAAUUCCUUCUCCUUUUCCUUCUUCUUCUUAAUUGCAGGGCCUUGGGUUCAAGCCUCAUGUUGGGCAAAAGAUUCCUGCGUUGCAGGGGGUUGGACUAGAUGACCCCAAGGUCCCUUCCAACUCUACAGUUCUAUGGAAGGGCAAGGGAUGAGAGAAAGUGUUCAGUUAGGGAUUCUUAUUUACUUGAAACUCCUUCAAGAAUCAUCUUUUGCAGUGCAGGUUACUGUGCAUUCAGCCUCAAUAGAAGUCCCUCAAUUGUUCUUUAAAUGAAAUAAUGCUGUGUCACUGGUUAUCGGCAAUAUUGGAGCAUUAUCCAACAGGAUAACACUCCUAGAAUCCCAUACUGCUUUCCCUCAGUGACAAAAUAUUCAGUCAGCCGGUUUAAUUGUGUAUUCAGCCUACAGACCAAUUAUAUAAAGUGUUCCGAGCUAAGCACACAUGCUUCAGAUAACGUGACGAAACAUUCUCGUUUGAUGCUGCGAGAAUGCAGUUUCUCUACAAGAGAUGUGCUACUUGAUGAGAAAACUUUUGGAUCCCCUUCAACAGCUGAGUAACAACCACUGUUACCUAUCUCCAGUCCAUAGUUUGGGUUUCUGCUCUCCAGUCUCCCAUGCAAAUACUUAUCUCCCAUGAACACAGAGAGCAACUUUGUGCCAUUUCCGGCUAUUGGUCCAUUUUGAGAAAUAUUGUUUACUCUGUCAACAGGUCUCCAGGGUUUUUCAUAUUGCUGACUACCUGAUUUAUUUAUUUUAACCAGAAAUGUUAAGAUUGAAUCUAGAACCUUCUGUAUACAAAGCAUGUAGUCUACCAUCAAGCUAUAGUCUAUCCCCAUGGUUGGCCAUAACCACCGUUAAUGUUACAUUUGCAUCUAGGAUAACUAUGGUUGGAGCUAACCAGGACUGCCUACAGCAAUUGUUUUCAAACCCACCUGAAAUUCUAGUUUCAAGGUAUGGUUAGGAGGCUAUUGGCUUUAACCAUGGUUCACCUAAUCGAGACAAAACACUGAACUAUCAUUCUCGAUAACUAUGGAAGAGAAAGGGAAAUUAGCACAAGAGCAGGGUAGCAUGUGGUGUGAGGGUAUGGGAGUUUGUGGCACACUCCUGAUCUCCAAACCAGGGUGGGGAGAUGUGGGCUGUCAUUUUGAAUUAAGUCAUUCCUGUGUGACUGUAAAUCACUCCCCCCCCCCCAAUGUUCUGCAGCCUCUAAAUGCCCUUAAUACCAAUUGCUGAGGAGCAACAGUGAGGGAUAAUAAUUGUCCUGAUUGUGGUCUUGUCACAGGACUAGCUCAGGGGUCGGCAAGGUUUAUCUUGCCUAGGCUGGAUCGGUCCCCCAGAGAUCCCUCCGUGGGCUGGACUGUGCGCCCGUGUGAGCACGCCAGCCCAUGAUUUUGGGCGUCUGUGCAUGCACAGAUGCAAUUUCUGGCGCCGUGGAAGCGAGUCUCCGCGCCGCACCGGUUUAGCGCAGCAUGUGAGCAGGUGGCUCAAUUUGGGGGUGGCUCAUUGGCCGGUCAAACGACCUCCACAGGCCGCUUCCGGCCCAUGGGUCUUAGGUUGCUGACCCCUGGACUAGCUAGACCUUUGUUCCGAUUCAGCAGCUGGACUCUUUUUGUGUUUGCCUGGAUUAAUAAACCCCUAAAGAAGUGUAGCACUAACAGCCAAAGCCACACAAACAGUGUCCCUAAAGGUGCAGUGUGUAUGUGUGUUUUUCACCAUCAGAUCUACUACCCUUGUGCUGAUGUCCCGAGUCUUAAGUAAGUUACAUUUGCCAUGUAGUCAGCCGGAAAAAUGUACAGGAGAGACAUUGUGCCUUGUUAAACUAAAAUAUAGUUCUCACUAAGAUGCUAAACUGUCUCAUUAAGGUUUUUUUCUCUCUCUCUCUCUCUGCCACAAAUGAGCAUGCGAUUAUGUGAUUUCUUGUGAAAAGAGAAAGGGAAUAAAAGUCUGUGGGUCAGAAGUUCCUAAGAUUCAGCAGUUAUUCACAACACUUUUGGUUUUCUUUGAGCAACUGUGUGGGGGCAGAGUCUGACGUUGGUUUUCCAUGUUGAAAAACACAAGGUGGUUUCUAACUGUACCGUAUUUUCAGUUGUAUACAUAAAAGGACACAGAGGGAGCUUCCAGGAGAUCUCAUUCAUCCUGAUUUGUUUGCAAGGAGAUUAGGCGACUUAAUGAGAUUAGGCUAUUUAAUAAGCAUUCACCCUGAUUUAUUUGUGAGGUUUGAUGUUGCGUCAAAAGAAGUGUUAUCUCCCACUUUCUAGUGCAUUUCCCCAUCCCUUCUUGCAAAAGGUCUGAGCAUUCAGGGAAGCAGAUUUGUUGCACAAGAUCUCCAGAUCGUCUAAAACUGUGCAACCUGAACUAGUUGGUUUGUGAUUGAAUCCCACCUGUUAAUACCAACAGUCUGGAAGCACCCAGAAUUUAGAGGCGACAGACUACCGUAUUUUUCGCCCUAUAGGACGCACUCCCCCCCCCCCAAAAUGAAGGGGAAAUGUGGGUGCGUCCUAUGGGGCGAAUACAGGCUCUCGCUCUCCAGGCUUCAGGAAGCUCUGUGCAACCCUCCGGAGCCCGGCGCCAAGCCGCGCCGGCCUCCGGAGGGUCGCGCAGAGCUGCCUGCCCUCCCGGGGUCUGCACAGCUCUGCGUGACCCUCCGGAGCCCGGCGCCAAGCCGCGCCGGCCUCCGGAGGGUCGCGCAGAGCUGCCUGCCCUCCCGGGGUCCGCGCAGCUCUGCGUGACCCUUCGGAGCCCGCCGCCAAGCCGCGCCGGCCUCCGGAGGGUUGCGCAGAGCUGCCUGCCCUCCCGGGGUCCGCGCAGCUCUGCGUGACCCUUCGGAGCCCACCGCCAAGCCGCACCGGCCUCCGGAGCGUCGCGCAGAGCUGUCUGCCCUCUCGGGAUCCGCGCAGCUCUGCGUGACCCUUCGGAGCCCGCCGCCAAGCUGCGCCGUGCUCCGGAGGGUUGCGCAGAGCUGCCUGCAUUAGGAAGCCUCAGCGCGCCCGGGCUUCGCACAGCUGUCCGCAAGCCUGGGUAGACCGGCGCGGCUCCCUAGGCUUGCGUAUAGCAGGCUCUUCUGGGGGCUGGGGUCGGGGGAAGCUCGGGCUUCCCCCGCGCCAGCCCCGUGCCUGGGGGAGAAAUAAUUUUCCCCCUUUAUUUCCCCCCCAAAAAACUAGGUGCGUCCUAUAGGGUGGUGCGUCCUAUGGGGCGAAAAAUACGGUAUAUUUUAUGUGAAUAGCUCAAUUGGUUAGAGCGUGGUGCUGAUAAUGCCAAGGUUGCAGGUUCAGUCCCCAUAUGGGACAGCUGCAUCUUCCUGCAUUGUAGAGGGUUGGACUAGAUGAUCCUCAGGGUCCCUUCCAACUCUACAAUUCUAUGAUCUCACUGCAACCCUGCUUCAACUAAUGGCAGACUGGCUUUAUUACACAGGGGGCAGAAAUUGCUCUCUAUUUUUCUGGAAGAACAAAGCUAACAAGGAGAUACUAUGGGAAUGUGGAGUUGUAAAAGCCAGAGCGAAAUAAAGGCUGUAUUUAAGUGAUCUUAGGAAUGAAGAGGGAGUUCGUAUAUAAUUAGGCAUUUAUGAGUCUGGGCACUUGUGUCUUUUGUAUGAGCUGAGAGAGCAUUUUAUUUAUGCUUUUAUUUCUCAUAUAUUUAUUCCAGCCUUCAAAGAAGGAUUGAACAUGUUUGUGUGGGGAAAGCUUUUAAGGAGAUGUCAUGUACACAAGCAAAUAACGGUAAUGUAAUUAAACAUCAUAGGUAUUUGCUUGUGUAAAGCCACCGGUCAUAGUUGUCUUGCUUGGAGUGCUUGUAAGUAAUUUGGAAAACAGAAAUUUCCAACACCUUCUCAUAAAAGGCAAUAGAAACAGAAGUCUUAGGACACUUUAAUGACUAAAAAGACUUGGGCUCUAAUCCACAGACAUUUACACAACAAUAAAUCCAUCAGUCUUGAAGGUGUCACACAGAAUUCUUUGUGAGAGUGUUCACCUCCUGUGGUAUGUGUACCAUCUUCAAAGUGUUAACUUAAAUGCUUCAUAGAAAAAAGUAUCUUUAAAUGGCUCACAAGCUGUUAAGAGGAUUUCAUGCAUUCAAUGUAAGGAAUCUCAGGAUAAAGAUUAGGGCUCAAUCAAGACCAGGGUUUUUUUCUAGGUGGAUUGCGUUAUCACCAAUUAUUGCUGCUGUAAGCAGUUACUGUGCUUAGCUUUGCAUAGAAAUGUCCCAGGCUGUAUUUUUUUGGACUUCUGGCCUCACUGUUUAGACUUCUUUUAUAUCCAUGGGUGCAUGGCACAAUUGCUUUUGGACACAAAUGUUCAUUAGUUUGUUAAGCUGAAUUGAAAGUGGCUAUUCUGUUGUUUCUAAAAUGAGGAAAUCUUUAAAAUCUUCUUAGAAACUGCAGUGACAUCAUCUUGGCCUCAGUGACUUUUCUGCAGAGCAGCAAGUAUCUCCUGAUCAUACUUUAACUGAGGGUUGAUCUCUACAGCUGCUUUUGGACUGAACUUCCCAUCUAUGCUGACUUCUGUUUCUUUUUUGUCAGUGGGCAGAAAUGGCAGAACUGACCAAAUGAGGAAACACUAAACAUAUUGAGCUCCAAGUUGGGUACAAGAUUCCUGCAUUGCAGGAGAUUGGACUAGAUGGCCCUCGUGAUCACUUCCAACCCUACAAUUCUACGAAACUUUGCUGACAAUCAUCUUCCUGGUCUCAGCAAUUUUCCUGUGAAGUAGCAGAUAACCAUUUGGAGCUUAAUUUUCCAUCUAUGGUUAUAUUUUGUUAAUUUUGUCUGUUGAAUUGACCAUCCACUACAGAUUAAGAUUCUGGCUUUAAAAAAUAUUGUCCACUAGAUCAACAACUAGAAUCAUACCAGACAAGCGCUCACAUGCUAGCCUUGCCACCCCAUCAUUCAUUAACUGAUGUAUGUAUAGAACACUUUUGACUGCAAUUUACAUCAUAAAAUAUACAGUGGUACCUCGGGUUACAUAGGCUUCAGGUUACAUACACUUCAGGUUACAGACUCCGCUAACCCAGAAAUAGUGCUUCAGGUUAAGAACUUUGCUUCAGGAUGAGAACAGAAAUCGUGCUCCGGUGGCGCGGCAGCAGCAGGAGGCCCCAUUAGCUAAAGUGGUGCUUCAGGUUAAGAACAGUUUCAGGUUAAGUACAGACCUCCGGAACGAAUUAAGUACUUAACCCGAGGUGCCACUGUACUUCAAGACCCCUGCUGCCCUCUCUUCUUAGGGUCUUAUAUCUUUAAACCACACGUUGAUUAGGCAGACCUUCAAGGAGAGGACACCUUCAAAUGAGGGAUUUUCCUCUGUAAAGUAGAAUACAUGGUUACCUUAACAGUCAUGCACAAUGUGAGAGUAGCAUGCAGGGAUGAAAAUGGGCACAUUUUGACUGGUAAGUGUGUGUGUGUGUGUGUGUGUUUAUAUACACAUGCAUACAUUGUCAGGAAAGGUCAUGAGUAAAAUAUAUCUAAAAAUACUCUGAUUUUAUGGUUAUCAGAGUGGGAUUUCUGAACCAGAAGAGGUACAUAGCAUUGCUAGAAAAGGAGAUGAAACUGAAUUGGCUUAAGGCACCGUGGUGUUUGAUGAGACCUGAGAGGUAUGUGUGAAGAGAUGUUGGCCAAUAUUCAGAGGCAACUCAUGCAACCCAGAGAAGUUCUAGGGAACAACCACAAACACGUUAUUUCACAAGUCAGUUUCAACAGCACAUGUAAACACUGCGAAUGAGUCAUAGAUGGUCUUAGCAAUAUGUUCAGAGACAAGCAAUAAUUUUAAAAGUGUGCCAUGUUACUUCCAUGUAAUUAGUGGCACUGCUGCUUUCUCUUUCCAUUGUAUCGUCUAUAGUUAUAUGCCAAGUCUUGUACAUGAGGCUUUGCUCUCUGACUGACUCUCAAAUGCUGUCAAUGUGGAGGGUUCUCUAAGAUCAGCGUUUGUCUUUGGUAUCAUAUGUAAUGAAGAUACUUGAUAGAGUCUGGUGAUAUGCCUACCCUCAAUCAAUUACUUCUCUUGUCAUUGCACCAUCCAAACUGUGCUCCAUGGACCAUCAGUGAACUUAAUUCAGGUUGUCCGUGGCAUGUCUGUGGAUUUGUGGUUGAAGAUGGGAGACAGCACAUCAAUUGCAUUGAAUAGUCAUGUUGAUUUUUUAAUUGCAUUUUAACUGCUUCUCACUUUUAUGUUGUAUUGUGUUGCAUUGUAUCUGAAUCUCAUGAAAUUGCAAUUGGUGCAUUAAGCAGGAAAAAAGCACCAAGUUGUCCACCAUUAUUUUCCAUUAGCCCAUGGCAGGGGGAAGUUUGGGAACCACUGAACUGAACCAUAAGAAAUGGUUCAACUCCACACCAUAUAUUUAUCACCUAGGUAAAGGUAAAGGACCCAUGGAUGAUUAAGUCCAAUCAAAGGCGACUAUGGGGUUGUGGCGCUCAUCUCGCUUUCAGGCUGAGGAGCCGGUGUUUAUCCAUAGGCAGAUUUCUGGGGCAUGUGGCCAGCAUGAUUAAACCACUUCUGGCACAACGGAACACUGUGACUGAAGCCAGAGGGCACAGAAACGCCAUUUACCUUCCCACCACAGCAGUACCUAUUUAUCUACUUACAUUGGUAUGCUUUCGAACUGCUAGGUUGGCAGGAGUUGGGACAGAGCAACAGGAGCUCACUCUGUUGUGGGGAUUUGAACUGCCGACCUUCCAAUCGGUAAGCCCAAGAGGCUCAGUGGUUUAGACCACAGCGCCACCUAAGCUAACUUUUUUUGAAUGAACCACAGAAAUCUGGCUGCUCAAUCUAACAUGCACAUGUCUCCUCUAAAUCCAAUUAAAUUCCACAAGGCUAUAUCCAAAUCUAGAUCUGGAAGUGUGUUUUCCAGCUCAGGGUCCCUGAUUUUGGGGGCUAAACUCUGGUAUGCAGAAAGUACUCUUUGGUGAGGCCUUCUCCUCUUGCCUAGUCAACAAUCUAGAAGCUUCACAAUACCUGCCAUUUGCAGGGAAGAUGUUGAGUUGAGUGUCUUAUUUCUGUCUACACUUCAGAAGGGAUCUAAGGCUUGAACCCACACACCGUCAACUUAAAGCAAUGACUCCCCCAAAGAAUUCUAAGAACUGUAGUUCACCCCUCACACAGUUCCAGUUCCUAGCAACCUUAACAAACACUUCUCAAUAUUCUUUGGGAGAAGUCAUGCGCUUUAAAUGGAUGCGACCACAGCCUCUGGUAGCUCAUUAGGACCAGCCUCAAACUACAGAUUUUAUGAUUUAAGCCCUGGAGCCCCUGCCACAAGGACCCCAAGAUUCUCCAGGAUUGCCUCAUCUCUCCUGGUCAAAAAUGAUCAUGCAAUUUCAGUGAUGUGGGUUUAGCCACUUCCGCCCUACAGAGAAGGUGGGGUUGUAGGCAUCACAGCCCCAACACGCGCAAUUGGUGGAAUCCCCGGGCCGCGUCACCCCCUGGCCGGCCAAUCGGCCGGCUCUGGGGGCAUGGUCUGCCUUAUUUAAUGCAGGGCGGCCGGGGAUCUCCCUCUUUUGCCACCUCCAGCUGUUCCUGUUUCCACCCUCCCGCCCUUUAAGAUUUUUCGUUCCUUGACCUUGCUAUGGACCUUGGUUGGUCGCCGUUGAGGUGCCUGGUAGGAAUUUUUCAACUUGGCAAAUUGGCACCGGCCACUUGGUUUUCGCCUACCUCGUAGAAAAUCAUCACAACUUUCUUGGUAUUGGCGGUUAGGCAUUAGUAUUGGUAUUGUUAUGUAGAUGGAAGAGGGGAGCAAGCGCCAUCACCUGCCCCGCUUAUUGAAGGGUAGUCCGAAAAAGGAUUCCGAAGCCUGUCCAAAACCUAUGGAGGUGAGGGCCUAAGGCACACCCCCGAGCGGUGACCCCAGGGAGUUCCUAGUUGAUGUGAAUUAGCAGGACUCCCCCUACUGGUGGUUAACCCUUCCUGGACUUCUAGCGGAUGGGCUGAAGCUGGAUAUAGUCGGUUAGGACCAAUACCUAAGCCAAUACUGCUCAUCACCUGUAACCAAUAAAGUUGUGGCCUUAUUUAGCCCAUUAACCUUAAUAAUUGUGUCAUGAGUCUUUAUUUCCACUGGGGGGGCGGGGCGGAACUUGCCACACAACCUGGGAAACAGGCUAAUUUGCAUCAGAAAAUGUUCUGCUUGCACUGGGAAAAUUUUCUAAUGCCCUAAAGGGUGACCUAGCUUGGCGUGCUUUUACUUGUAUUCAGCAAACAAAGCAAAAAACCUGGAAGCUGCCAAGCUUGCCUAAUAGCGUAUCUGCAGUUGGCAUUCAUUCGUUGUUACCAAUGAACUUAUGCAAUGGAAAAUUUUCCAUGGGGAACAUAGAAUGCUGGGGGGAGGGGGAAUCCUUUUAAGUUUUCCACACACAGCAUCACAACUUGUGCAGAGGGGUAGAGUCCAAGCUUUACUUCCAGAAUGUCCCAUGUUAAAGCCCAGUUUAAAAGAUCGGGUUUAGGAAAUACCUAAACUCCCAAAGAUCUGGAGUCAUCAGUGACAAGCAAUACCUGGCUAGGUGGAGUACAAUUCUGACCUGGUAUAUAUAGGCCUUGCCCAUGACAGAAUGGCCAUAGAACACACACGUUGCAUGCAGAAGAUCUGUUUCAGUCUACAGUAGCUGACUGUGGAUGUCCCCAGUUGGAAACUCGAGAGAGCCUUUGCCAGUCUGUAUAGACAGUGCAGAGCUGCAUGGACCAAUGCUUUGACUCUGUAUGAGGCAGCUUUCUAUGUUCCCAUCUUCCAUGUUCUAUGUUGGUAUUUUAGAACAGCUCUGUUGACACACAAUUUCUAUUUUGAACCUCUUCUUCCAGGCGUUUUCCUUCUAAAGGGGCAAAGUGGCUCACUUUCCUAACAACCUCAAUUCUACACCCACACUUACUGCAUUCUCCAGUCAGGUGCCUGAUGUAACUUAAUGGGAUCAGUGUAAGUUGAUGUGACCUGAUCCCAAUAAGCUGCAUCAGACCCCUCACUGGUCUUCCUUUUUAAGCUGCAAAUAAGACUUAGCAAAGUUGCCAAGUGCAAUUAAACACUGUAUUGCUGAAUGCAUUUUGUGUAUACCCCUGCGCCUCCGUGGUCUAACGUUUUGGCUUUCGAACACCGAAAACCUGGAAGUAACUGUUUCGGUUUUUGAACGAUUUUCGGAAGCAGAAUGUGUCACGCGGCUUCCAUUUUGAGUUUUCCUAUUGUACUGAGGCUUCCGCUUUCAAUUUUUGGUUUUCAAAUGUUUUGGAAGUAGAAUGGUCUUCAGGAACUGACUACGUUCGAAAACCGAGGUUCCACUGUAUUUUCUUUCUACAGGGUCUGUGUCGGAGUAGCUUCUAAUCUUAGUAUUUGUUGCAUGCUAGAAUUUUCAUUUCAUUUAUUAGAUUUAUUAGUCACCCAAAGGUCUCCAGGUGACUUACAGAGAAUAUAUAUAUAUAUAUAUAUAUAUAUAUAUAUAUAUAUACACAAUACAUAUUACCAUAGUGGGAAAAGUAUGGGUGGGUAGGGCGGAAUCAUAUAAUACAUUAAGAUUUCAUAUAACAUCCAUUAAAUAAAGCAUGCAGUGAUACCAUGGUUUACAACCAUAAUCUGUUCCGGAGGUCUGUUUGUAAACCAAAACAGGUUGUAACCCAAGGCGUGCUUUCGCCAAUGGGGCCUCCAAAAAAUUUUGGUUCGUAAUCCAAAAAAAAUUAGGUAGUAAUCCAAAAAAAGGUUGGAAACCGGGACACGCACUUCCGUGUUUGCCGUGUUUGUAAUCCAAAACGUAUGCAAAACCAAGACGUAUGCAAACUAAGGUACCACUGUACUCUAAUAAUAAACAAAGCAAUACUCAGGCCCACUAAUGAACAAAUAGUAAUAAUAAAAAACCUCCCCUCCCCCUAGUCCAACAAUCGUUCACAUCAAACCAAUAACCACCAUUCAGUUUUGUUCACAUGUCUUAUUUAGGGUUCUCUGUGUUGAGCUUAACUCAGUAGCCCAAAUUCCAAUUAAGAUAGGACAAAUCUAUAUGCCUUUGCUUCUUUUAUUUCCACUAUUCAGGAACCUGGAAUCCUUUUUCUUUGGCAAGGCCAGCAGCCAGCCCUGCCACUAUAUGUUUUGGACAACUCCAUCAGCCCCAGUCUCCACCAACAUCUGUGUUGGCUAGAACUGAAUGGACUUGUAGUCCAAAACAUCUGGUUGGUGAAGGCUGGUGUAGACUGACAGGCAGCAACUCCUCUGGGUUUCAGACAUGCCUUCCCAGUCUUAGCUGAAGAGUCAGCCUAGACCCUUCCACAUGUAGAUUAUGUGUCCUUACCAUGACACCACAACCCUUGAUGAGCACAUUUCUUCAGACAACACAACACUAAAUUGUGUUACCUUAUUGAUAGCACAACAGCUUGUGAUUUUUUUUUUUUUUAAUGUUGUGAGCUGCCUCAGUCUUUGUGUUUAUUAUUAUCUUUAUAUUCCAGCUUUCCUCCAAGGAGCUCAGGUUGGCAUACAUGGUUUCCCCAACCCAGCCCACUCCAUUUAAUCCUCACAACAACCCUGUGAGGUCGUUUGAGCUGAGUGACUGGCCCAAAUCCACCCAGCAAGCUUCAUGGCUGAUUUGGGAUUUGAAUCCUCGUCUUCCAGAGUCUUGAAGAAGCAGAGUACAAAAGUGACUAAUAAAAAUAACAGGAUAUUCUGCAAAUGCAUGUAGCCUCAUUUUGGUUUUUUUAAAUGGCCAGGAUUAAUAGUUUGGAUGGUUUUGCUCCCUAGUUCAUUACGUUAAGGGAUAUUGAAUUGGGUUAAUGAGGCAAAAAUGGGAGGUGGGUAGGGCUGGUUUCAGGGGCACCAGGUUGAAAAAGGCUGGGCUAUGGUGUGAAUUGAGAUAAAGUCAUGGGCAUUACCAUAUAUAAUGGUAAGGACAAUGGCCACAUAUUAUGUAUCUAUAUAAAAUACCAAUAUUUGUAAAGAUCUUCUAAUAAUAAUAAUAAUAAUAAUAAGAGUAAUAACAACAAUUAAUAAUAAUAUUCUGACCCUCAGAUUGCUAAUGCCCUGUGCAAAAGAUUGAUGUUUAUGAACACUGCUGCAACUUUGGUCCCUCCUUCUGUUUCUACAGCUCAAUUACACUGGUUUUAUAUCUAAAACAUCUUGCAUUUUACUGCCUUGCUUGGGUCACUAGAUGCCAAUAUGUAGUAGAUUAUUGAGGUUGGCUGCAUGCAGAGGGGUGUGUGAAGUACCAGUAUAUAUGUAGCUCAGCACAGCAGCAUUUCUGGCAUGCUUCAUCUGUCCAAAAGGGGAAGUGUAACAAUAAGAUGGCUUCCUGGAAAAAAAAGACUUCAGGAAAUGCAGAUUUAGAAACUCGCCAAGACGGUUCGAGAAUGUCUUGUGCAGUCAAAACCACUGGUUUACACAUGGACGCACAGAAGGCACUUUAACCUGACCUUUGACAGGUAAAGCAUUUUUGUUUCGUUUAUCCCACCUCUUUUGCCAAGUUUAUGCUACAGUGGUACCUCGGGUUAAGUACUUAAUUCAUUCUGGAGGUCUGUUCUUAACCUGAAACUGUUCUUAACCUGAAGCACCACUUUAGCUAAUGGGGCCUCCUGCUGCCGCCGCACCGCCAGAGCACGAUUUCUGUUCUCCUCCUGAAGCAAAGUUCCUAACCCGAAGUACUAUUUCUGGGUUAGUGGAGUCUGUAACCUGAAGCGUAUGUAACCUGAAGCAUAUGUAACCUGAGGUACCACUGUAUUUGGUUCCGUUUGGAACAAAUUUACUUAUUACUAGUGCUAUUUUUCUAGAAAAAGAGGUGCUGCAACUAACUAUGAACGCCUCCCUUUUUCUCUUAUAAUGACAAUGGCGCCCACCUGAGAGAGAGAGGAGCCAGAACUCACCUGAGGUCCAGUGAGUUCUGGCUGGAAAAAAGCCCUGCUAUCUAUCUAUCUAUUUAUUAUUGUAGUUGUAUCCUACCAUUCCUUCAAGGAGCUCAAGGUUGCAUACGUGGUUCUGCUCCUCUCCAUUUUAUCUUCACAACAACUCUGGGGAGGAGGGCAAGAGGGAGGGCUGAAUGACUGUCACUGACCCAAGGUCACCCAGCAAGCUUCAUAGCCGAAUGGGGAGUUGGACUUUGACCUCCCCAGUCUUAGGCCAACACUCUAAUCACCAUACCAUACUGGUUUUAUCAUUAUAACAGUUUUAUCUCUUUUUAUAACUGUAUCUUCCAUGGCUGUAACCUGCCUUGGAGUUACUGGGUAGAUAAGAAAACAUAUGAAUAAGUAAAAUCAGGAGCAGCCCAAACGUUGCAGAGAGAAAGGUGACUGCACCAGGCAGCUGAUUUAGGGUGUCUUGAAAAGGUAGCAGGUUGUUAGGUAUUUGUUGUCAUUUUACAGCCAGGAAGAGAUGUGGGGUGGGGAGUUGCUUGUAAGGUUUUCUGUCUCGGGUGCCAAAAUUACUUGGCCAGUCUUGGGUAGCACACAGCUUGCCUUGGGAUGGGGGUGGGGAGGCGAGUAGCAGGAUGUGCUUCAGGCAGCAAAAUGCCUUGAACAAAUUCUUAACACUAUCCUUGGCAGAUUCCUUUCUUUCAGCCUAACCCACCUGUUAAAAUAAACGAUAGCGAACUUUGCACAUGGAAAAGCAUACCAAUGGGGUGGUGGUGGGGCGAACAGAACAAUAUUGGAUAGGGAUAUCAUAAAGUCUCUGUGUGUAUCUCUAUAUCUAAUCUCUUACUCCUCCACUGCCUGCAAAAAAGGGCGUUCAGACAUUCAAAAUUCUGUGUCAGGAAAAGUAUAUUAUUUUGUAUAAAUUUUCUUGGGGCUCAUGGGGAGGAUGAAUAAUGAAUACAAAAAUAAAAUUAUUAGUAUCGGUAUUCCUGGGUACCAGUCUGGGUUUGUUGAUCAGCUUCUCCACUUCAUUGGUGUAGGUUUUGUCGUUUAAGAAAUCCCUGGUAUAAUCAUUAAGUUGGAAAUCUCUGUUGGAUGGGUCAGGCACACAGAUGUCGUCGUAUUAUAGGGCUUGUUGGCUGUAGAUGAUAGAUUUUAUGGUGAGUGGGUGGAAGAUGCACCCAGGUAGAUAUGUGGAGUGGUUGGCAGGUUUCUCUUUUAAAGUGAUCCUUAGAUGUCCUUUGUGUAGUUGCUCAGUAGUGUCUAUAUGGUAGACAUUUCUACACACCAGCCCAAUCUCUAAGCGGUGAGAGAUUCCAGGUGUUCCAAUGCUUGCCUAUAUAUAUUUUCUUUUGGGGGGGAGGAGGGUUGGAAUGAAGGGCAACAGAGGCUAUAAAGGGGGGCAGAAUCUUCCACUGCAGACACAGCUCACAAGCUGCCCAUACAAAGGAAAGGAAAGAGCAAUUAGGAGUGCACUUAGAAUGUGCUCCCAAUGCUUUCUUUUUAAGUUCUUUAGAUGUUAUGGUGAUGCCAAGUCACCACGGCGUGUGUGUGUGUGUGUGUGUAGGGGAGUUGGUGAUGUUCAGGAUUCAGCCUAGUCAGAUCCUGUUCUCCUCUCCUUAUCUAUAUCUAUCUAUCUAUCUAUCUAUCUAUCUAUCUAUCUAUCUAUCAUCUAUCUAUCUAUCUAUCAUCUAUCUAUCUAUCUAUCUAUCAUCUAUCUAUCUAUUUCAGAUCAUAUGUGGGCAGUGGCUCAUGAAAUCCUAUGGCAUAAUAAAUAAUAAUAAUCUUCCUCAAGUCUCUGUUGCUUUUGCUGUAACAGAGUAGCACAGCUACCCCCCUGAAAAUUUGAUCUUAUGAGAUUUUCAUAACAGAAAAGUCUCUCCCCCCCCCCACCACUAUAGCUUACAAUGCAGUAGCUAAUGGAUGCUGAACUUUGGUGUUUUGUUAGGUGGUACCAUGACAGUCUUACUCGUCAUGCAGCAGAGGCACUUCUUCUUUCCAAUGGCAGUGAUGGAAGCUACCUCCUAAGGAAGAGCGAUGGCAAGGCUGAUCUUUACUCUCUCUCAGUAAGGUACAGUAUCUUCACUAUCCCUUAUGUCAUCCCAUACUGUUGAGAUCAACAGUUGUGACCUUCCUUUCCUCCUCCUCCUCCUGUUUUUCCUGUAUUUUUGUUGGAAGCUGCCAAGAGUGGCUGGGGCAACCCAGCCAGAUGGGAAGGGUAUAAGAAAUUUAUUUGUUGUUGUUGUUGUUAAUAUGAUGAUGAUGUCCCAUCUCUGUCGUAUAUUUGGUGUCUGGGUUACGACAGACAGGGCUUUUACUGUAAUGGCAUGUGACUAUUCAAUAUACUCCCAAAUGAGAUUGGCCAUCAUUGAAUGCUCAAUGUUGAGCUGGCUAGCUUUGAGAGCCUGGUGUGAUAUUGAUAUCAUCCAUCUACCUACCUACCUGUCUGCCUGCCCACAUACCUAUCACUUCUAUCUACCCCCAUCUAGCCCCCCCAUCUACCAUAUUUUUUGCUCUAUAAGACUCACUUUUUCCCUCCUAAAAAGUAAGAGGAAAUGUGUGCGCGUCUUAUGGAGCGAAUGCAGACUGCGCAGCUAUCCCAGAAGCCAGAACAGCAAGAGGGAUUUCUGCUUUCACUGCGCAGCGAUCCCUCUUGCUGUUCUGGCUUCUGAGAUUCAGAAUAUUUUUUUUCUUGUUUUCCUCCUCCAAAAACUAGGUGCGUCUUGUAGUCUGGUGCAUCUUAUAGAGCAAAAAAUACGGUGCUUGCCACUGUGGUUGCUCUGUAUGCCACGGGAACAACAAUAAUGGGACAACAGAAAAUGAAACCGGACUUGCUGAAAAUGGGCAACUAACAAACUCUUGUGAGUGGUGGGAUGCAACAGGCAGAUGGAGGGAGGCUGUAAAGACAGACUAUGAACAAACCGCUCAUGCAUACAAAGGGUUGUCUUCUCUGAUGGCUCACCUGGUGUCUUGAUAUUUCCAUAAAAUUUACUAUCCUUCCUGAGCUAAGAAGAAUGCAUAUUUCAUGUUUCAACAGCCUUAUUUUUGUUUCAGAGCAAGGGAUUCUGUGAAACAUUUUCACGUGGAGUACACUGGGUCUUCAUACAAGUUUGGUUUUAACGAGUUUCUAAGCUUGAGAGACCUGAUCAUGCACUUUGCAAAUCAGCCUUUAAUUGGCAGCGAGACAGGUAACUAACAUUUGCUUAUCUAUCCAUCUAGCUGUUAAAAAUAUUUUAGAUUAUAUUUGUUAACCUGGGUUGUGUCUGAGCUAAGUUAAGAGUAGAUCUAUGGAAAUGAAUGGACUUCUGUUGUUGUUGUUGUUUAGUCGUUUAGUCAUGUCCGACUCUUCGUGACCCCACGGACCAGAGCACGCCAGGCACUCCUGUCUUCCACUGCCUCCCGCAGUUUGGUCAGACUCAUGUUUGUAGCUUCGAGAACACUGUCCAACCAUCUCGUCCUCUGUCGUCCCCUUCUUCUUGUGCCCUCAAUCUUUCCCAACAUCAGGGUCUUUUCCAGGGAGUCUUCUCUUCUCAUGAGGUGGCCAAAGUAUUGGAGCUUCAGCUUCAGGAUCUGUCCUUCCAGUGAGCACUCAGGGCUGAUUUCCUUAAGAAUGGAUACGUUUGAUCUUCUUGCAGUCCAUGGGACUCUCAGGAGUCUUCUCCAGCACCAUAAUUCAAAAGCAUCAAUUCUUCGGCGAUCAGCCUUCUUUAUGGUCCAGCUCUCACUUCCAUACAUCACUACUGGGAAAACCAUGGUUUUAAUUAUACGGACCUUUGUUGUUAAGGUGAUGUCUCUGCUUUUUAAGAUGCUGUCUGGUUUGCCAUCGCCUUUCUCCCAAGGAGCAGGCGUCUUUUAAUUUCGUGACUGCUGUCACCAUCUGCAGUGAUCAUGGAGCCCAAGAAAGUAAAAUCUCUCACUGCCUCCAUUUCUUCCCCUUCUAUUUGCCAUGAGGUGAUGGGACUAGUGGCCAUGAUCUUCAUUUUUUUGAUGUUGAGCUUCAGACCAUAUUUUGUGCUCUCCUCUUUCACCCUCAUGAAAAGGUUCUUUAAUUCCUCCUCACUUUCUGCCAUCAAGGUUGUGUCAUCUGCAUAUCUGAGGUUGUUGAUAUUUCUUCCGGAGAUCUUAAUUCUGGCUUGGGAUUCAUCCAGGACUUCUGUUAGUCAUGUCCAUUAAUUUCAAGAGUUCAGUUCUGAGUAGGAGCUGAGUAUCUCUUUAUACACUUGGAUAUUCCUUUGUUUUAUUAGUUCUGUUCUUCCUCCCUCUUUUAGGAUAUGACAGAAUCCACCUAUUGUGCGGAAGCACAAUAUGUUGUUUAUCAGGGUAUAGUCAACAGGUAUUUUGGACUGCAAUGCCCACCAUCCCUUUCCAUCUCUGCUCUAGCUGAGGCUGAUGGGAAUUGCAGUCCAACCAGGUCAAGCAUUCAUUUUUUCUGGCACCCCAAGAUCCUACUGAUUCGGUGGUGGCAUCAAAAAUGAAAUGAAGUGAUAUGAAACAAUAAAAUAGUAGACACAGCACUGCAGUGGGUGGGGACGUUAAACACUCUCAGCUGAGUCCACAAGAGGGACUUUAAAACUGCUGGCUAUGGAAAAAUACAUGCCCUAUAGGGCAUUCAGCAGAUGAAGACACUCCCUCAUGGCAGCAUGCAGGUGCUUUGUUAAGGCCGCCCCCCAGGCCCUGGCACCUCUUGGCUUCUAUGGGUUGGACCCAAAGGUUCCUCCGAGGGAAGGACUCCUUCAGCCAGAGGGCAGCUCCUCCCAUUGAACCCAACUCUGUGUUAUCCGAAAACUUAUGUUUUCUGAAGGCUGCAACCCUAUGCACAUUUGCCUGGGAACAAAUCUCAUUGACAUCAAUGGGGUUUAAUUCCAUUCAUAUCAAUGGGGUUUUCUUAUGGGGUUCACUUCACAAUGUAUAGGAUUGUGCUGCCAGUAGAUUCCUGAUGCAACAGUUAGUCUGAUUAUUAUUUUUUUACAAGCAUUGUUGUAUGUAUUGCAUUUUGGAUCAAGAAUUUAUCCUCCUUUCUUAAUAUUUACAUUUCAAUAGAUCUUAUCAGAUUAACGAUGAAAGGGGUGUUACAGAACCAAGAGUAGCCCCUGGGUCUGGUGUUGGUGCAGUUUUAAAAAGCCACUGCUUUCCAGACCAGAAAGGGUUUAAUCUCUUUGAAGUGUCAUAUCUAUUUCCUGACAUGAGUGUUAAACCCCCAUUGACUUGGCCCGGACUGACUCAGUGCCCUGAAACUUGAGCUCUGUUGUUAAACAGCUCCUAAAUAGGUUUGUUAUUUAACACAAGAGGUGACCGAGGUCCUCUCCCCCCUGCAAUGCUUGGUAUUGGUCCAGAUGGAAAAUAAAGGCUCCAAUUAUCAACUGAUUAGCUGGCAAAUAAGAUUUAUGGGGACUGAAAUUCAAGAGCACUAAAAUAUCUGGCUAACCUGAAAGAAGCAGAGCUGGUCAAGGACUAUGAGCAGUCCUGGGCUCUAAUUCAUACUUUGACAGAAUCCUGCCCCUGUGGCCUUUGUGAAGGGGGUAUCCUUUUCUGAAUCAGCUCCCUACAUGCCCACAUUGGUUUUGUUCAGAUUUUGGGGUUUAAAGAAAGAUCCAUCUGAGGAUUCCUUUGCUUGGUGAGAGGUUGGUGGAUGUGGGACAUAUACCAAUGGCCUGCUUUAGCAUGCCCUAAUUCUACUCCAGGGAUGCAGGUGGCGCUGUGGGUUAAACCACAGAGCCUAGGACUUGCCGAUCAGAAGGUUGGCGGUUCGAAUCCCCACAACUGGGUGAGCUCCCGUUGCUCGGUCCCUGCUCCUGCCAAUCUAGCAGUUCGAAAGCAUGUCAAAGUGCAAGUAGAUAAAUAGGUAUGGCUCCAGCGGGAAGGUAAACGGUGUUCCGUGCGCUGCUCUGGUUCACCAGAAGCGGCUUAGUCAUGCUGGCCACAUGACCCGGAAGCUGUACGCCGGCUCCCUUGGCCAAUAAAGCGAGAUGAGUGCCGCAACCCCAGAGUCGGCCACGACUGGACCUAAUGGUCGGGGGUCCCUUUACCUUUAACUCUACUCCAGUCCUCUACUCAGCCCUGUCUCUUCCUGUCUUUGCAUGGUCUGGACCACCAUAAGUCCUAUGUGUCAGGAGUGAUUUCACCUUCCUGUCAUUUAUCCUUUUCUUCGCUGGAGAGGAAGAACAAUCAACAGUACAAAUAUAAGUCCCUUUCCCAAAGCUUCCCAAGUUUAUUGCUUCCAGAAAUAAAACCAAAGACUCAGGACAUGGCCAGAAAUUGGUGCAGAAAUUAUCUUUGCUGUUUGUAGGUGUGCGUCUGGGCAGUAUCUGGGUGAGAGACCAGCUGGGAAUCUUGUAGAUACUGCCUUGAGCUCCGUGGAUGGAAGAUGGGCUAUCAAUGGUCAAAUAAAAGACUUGCAUAGUAUCCAUCAAAGUCAUCCUAUUGACAGAAGGAGUUCUGCUUGCCCCACCCAACCCCAAAUCUGUUCUGGGAUUUUCCCCAAAUCUCAAGCAGAUUUGGGGGUUAUGCAGGGAAAGGAGAGGGAGGGUAAAUUCAAUUGCACAAGUGGAAGUCUUUGUGCAGUUGGGACUAUUUCGGAUACAACCCGUUAUAGGUGGGUGAGAGAUCACCAGCCCCUAUUAUACUUGCCUGGAUAUUAAGUUCUUCAUAGAAGGCCCUUCUCCAGUUUUCCCUACCUAAAGGGGUGAAGUGGAUGACUAUUAAGCAGAGGGCCUUUUUGCUGAUUGUGAUUAUAGAAUGUCCUCCCCAAUGAAACUUGUCUUGUGCUUGCAUUAAGAUGCUUUUAGCAUCAGGUGAAGAUGCAUUUAAUCUCCCAGACCUUUUAGAACUAUGUUAUUUUAUCUUGGAGCCGUUGAUUUCAGCUUGAUUUUAAAAGCUAGAUUAUACAGUAAUUGGUUUAUUUUUUGAAUGACUGAAUAAAACUUUAUUGCUGAAAGCCAUAGGUCACCACAAUAUAAAUAGAACGAACAAUCAUUUCAGUAUAUUCAGCAAACAAGUAUAUAUAGAAAAAGAAACAGAAAAAUGAUACUUCCCUGCCCAAUGUAAAUCCUUCAUCCCUCCCCUCCAUUGUAAGCUGUUAAAAAUACAACAGAAUAAAUGCCUAUCCCCACUUAUACACCCUAAUUCUUUUUUUAUUAACCUUGCACACAAUUGUUCCACCCUUGCCCCACCACCAACUCCCCGGCCAUCUGCUAGAUCCAUUAACAGUUAAGGAGUUAAUGCCGCCUGAGAUCAGUGAAUCUGAUCUCCAGUGUUGAAUGAUAGACUUGCCCAGUGGCUUACCAGCUCCCUAAUCAGAUUCUGUGAGCUCUGUGAAGCUCCUUUCAUGUGCCUAAAAUGGACAGUGCCACCAGCUGGAAAACAGGCGUUGAACUUCACAGUACCACUUCCACUUUGCUUGCGUCUGUGAAACAAUACUCAGGAACAGAAGGUUGACACUUGAGCUAAAUAAUUCCCAAGAUCAUAAUGCAAGCGAUCCAAAUUCUGCAAAGCCUGGGAGAUUUAAAAAACGGCUCAAUAGAUUAAAAAUCUCAAACCUUCCUUUGCCCAAUUAAAAUUAUGCGAAGCUCUUGUGUUGCCUCGGGGAAGGUGAAGCAGGUCACACUCAGGGUAAUGUGGCUGCUGCCUAUCAGUAUAACAGUGACUAAGAGGUGAAACUGCCUCAGGGGUGUAGGAAGGGGGGGGAGUGCAGUCUGCCCCAGGUGUCACUCUGAGGGGGUAUGUGACAAAAUGGUAGGCGGCACUCACCAUGAGGCCUGCAACGCACCCGAGCCAUGCAUCUCGGGUGCCCACAGGCUCUGGCUGUCCGCCCGCUUCCUUUCCCCAGCUGUAGGGUGGCUGAGGCCUAGCGGCACCGUCUGUGCAUCUGUAUUGGGCGCCAUGCAUGCUGUCUGUGCAUCCAUUUUGGGUGUUGCGUGCACUGCCGGGCAGUUCGCCCCGCCCCUCAGCACGCCGCACCAGGUGCCUGAGAGACUUCCUCCACCACUGAACUGCCUGACAGAAGAUUGCACCACAUUGGCAGGUCAGUGGCUGGUCCAGCCGAAGGUCUGCUUGAAGGGGACAAUGUUUUAAGAGGUACCAAAGAGGUGGCACAUAAUCUCAGGGUGUGGCACUCCAAGAUGUGCUGGGACACAUAGACCUCACCUGCCCAUGAGCUAAGGUCUUUGGUUGUGCCACAGCUUGCUGAGGCCCAUUUUGCGACAACCUGGAGGUAGUCCUUUUCCAUUGUGAAACCCAGCUUAUGAAACCUCUUUCCGAGGCACGCAGCAAGGUUUCUGGAAGGCUUUGCAGAGGCCUUGUACUCCCUUCCCAGAGCCCAAUGAGGUAGGGUUAGUCACACAGGGCUGGUUCCGGGGGUCUUCCUGAAUUUGCUCAAUUUUGCCUUUGCACACAAACCCCCUGAUCCCCAGUAGGGUACAGAGUACAGUAGGCACACCCCACGUAAGUUGUGUGCCUACUGUACUCUAAUAAAUAUCCUGUGUCAAGGGUAAGGGACUAGACUAUAUGAUUCAUUUAGGUCUCUCAAUUGGCUUGAUCCUGUGGCUUUUUUGAACUGUUGCUUGAUCUGCUGCCAGCUCAUCUGCCAUUUGGUUUUUCUGAGUGCUUCCUGCAGGGUAGUGGCUGCAUUUUCCUUUUCUGUACAGGUCACUUAGCUUUCACUUUCUUUUAGGUACCCUGAUUAUAUUGAAGAACCCAUAUCCGAAGAUGGUGGAAGAGCCUUCCAUUUACGAAUCUGUGCGGGUUCACACGGCAAUGCAGACCGGAAAGACGGAGACUGACCUUGUCCCCAACGCGCCGUCAGUGAGUCACUACUUUUAAGUGUUACUCACUGUUCAGUAGCAGCUUGGGGGAGAUUUAUAGUUUUCCUCCAGGUCUGCAAUCUGGGUCCUGAUUGUAUCUAGUCACCUCUCCUCCCUUUCAUCUGACUGCAAUUUGCAAACAGCAUCUUUGUCAUUGCAUCUAGAUUGGCCCUUAGGGUGUGUGAACUGAGUCAGGGGUUCCUGGUUUGAAUCUUAUCUCAGUCAUUCGUUCAAUAAGUGAUCCCAAUCUCAGGCUGUUGAUAAGUUCAUUCUAGGAUCCUUGAGGUAUUAUAAAUAAUGCAUAGUAGGGUUGCCAUAUGACCUCUUUUUCCAGGACACAUCCUCCUUUUCAUGGGUAGAGUUGUCAUAGCCAUCCAAAGUUGGCAAAUGUGUCCUUUUUUUUGCUCUUCAAAAUAUGGCAACCCUACUAAAAGCACAGUAUUAUUUCUUUAUUUGAGCUUGGCUAUGUGUGGUGAGUUGUUAGAGUGUCGGACUAGGACUCGUGGGACCAGUGUUCAAAUCCCCACUUAGCCAUGAAGCUCAUCGGGUGACCUUGGUUCAGUCAGAGUCUAUCAUUGUAGCCUACCUCACAGGGUUGUUGUGAGGGGGAAAAUGGAGAAGGACCAUGUAUGCUGCCUUAAGCUUCAUAGAGGAAACAAUUGAAAGUGAAAUAAUAAUAAUAAUUAAUACAGUGGUGCCCCGCAAGACGAAUGCCUCGCAAGACGGAAAAACCGCUAGACGAAAGGGUUUUCCGUUUUGAAGUUGCUUCGCAGGACGAAUUCCCCUAUGGGCUUGCUUCGCAAGACGAAAAUGUCUUGCGAGUCUUGAGAUUUUUUUCGCUUUUCCCCCCCUUUAUCUAAUCUGCUAAGCCUUUAAUAGCCUUUAAUAGCCUUUUAGCAGCUAAUCUCCUAAGCCUUUAAGCCUUUAAUAGCCGCUAAACAGCUGAUAGCGCUAAUAGCGCUAAUCCGUCAAUGGGCUUGCUUCGCAAGACGAAAAAACCGCUAGACGAAGACUCUUGCGGAACGGAUUAAUUUCGUCUUGCGAGGCACCACUGUAAUAGUUUUUGUAGAGAACAAGGGCUGUCAUUGCCUGGAAGGGUUUUUUGGGGAGUUUUUUUAAACCACUUCUGCUUUCUUGCCUGUGUCAUUAAUGGUCUUUGACCAUCUGAGACACAUCAUGCUGUUAGCGAUCAAGGCCUAGUUCAGCAUUUAGUGCCACGUUACUGCACAUAUACAAUAAACACAUUGUUGGAAGUCAAACAAUGCUGAAUUGCCCUAGGAGUUAUUUAAAAUUUAACCCUCUGACAGCAUAUACCUCAGAGAAUAUGACAAGUGCCUGGUUUAAUCUGUGAUACAAGAGGGUGUCAUUUCAUCAGAAACCAAUAUAAUUAUUUUGUGUGUUUACCUCAGGUGUAGACAGGGGCCCAUACUUUUGGCAGAGAACACAGUGACCCAGUUUUAAGGAUAAAAUGAACAGACAGUUAUGAGGUCAUAGAAGCUACUGCUGUGUUUUGCUUCGCCAGCUUGUGUAAUGACUAUGAACAAGGCUAAUGUGUACUUGUUGCAUCCUUUUGGUUAACCUUUACCUCUUUCCUUGCAGUUAGGCACAAAAGAAGGAUAUUUGACGAAACAAGGCAGAAUAGUUAAGGUAAGAAAUGUCAGUGACUUGUGUGUCUCUCCUUUCCUUCUGUGUAGAAAGUCAAUGCAAAUUUAAUAAAAAACAGUUUAUUAAUAAAAAAUAGCUAUUUUCUAGAAAAAGAGGUGCUGGAAUUCACUAGGAACAUCUCUUGUUCUCUUAAAAUGGCAAUGGAGCCCACCUGAGAGGUGCCGGAACUGAGUUCCAGUGAGUUCUGGCUGAAAAGAAGCCCUGGUAAUAAUCAUAAAAUAAUACAUACAAUCUGCACAGCAGCAAGUAUAUGGUUGUUAGUACUAUAUACAUGUUCUGAAGCAGAAGAGAAGAAAGGAAGCUCAUUUUCAAUGCCUGUGUUGCCAUUUUCAUUCUUGUAUUUUUUCAAAUGUCUAAGUUCCUCUAAUAUCACCCUCUUUAUUCUUUCAGAAUUGGAAAACCAGGUGGUUUACAUUGCAUAGGAAUGAGCUGAAAUAUUACAAAGACCAGACGGUGAGUUGGCAAGUGCACUUGGGCAGCCAUGUUUUGAUCCCUUGAGUUUGUUGCAUAUGGACAUAAGUGUUGAGAUCCUUCCAAAUCAUGUGGGCCAAAGGCAAUUUCGCCAAGCAAAUGCCCUCCCGCUAAUGGCGCCCAGUGGUUCCCAUGCGCUCCACAUUACCCUGCGGAAGUCUUAGUCAUUUCUACUGGCGGCUUGUCAGUUCAGUCAACAUGGGGAGUGGGUGGAUGACGCAAGCAUCACUUUAUUAUAUAGGUGAGUUCCAGUACAUAUGUGGGUAACAGUGCUUGUGCAGACAGGGCCUCACUUAUUCCUCGGCAUCUUUAUUUGGGGAAUUGGGGGUUCUGCUCAUUACAGGGGGAGGGGGAAGAAUGAUUGUUUCAAAGAUAACUUACUUUUAAGUCCACAGAGCCAAUCAGAGCGCUCGACCUAACAGAAUGCUCAGCUGUGCAGUUCGACUAUUCACAGGACAAAGUCAAUUGUUUUUGGUAAGUUGAGACCUAGAUAAAAAUUACUGUGUUUGUAAAAUUACUUCAAUACUUGUGAACUAUCACAAAUGAAGACAAUAAAUUUAUUAGUCUGUCUUCUCAGGAGCCCAGUGAAUGCCCACACUUCCAAUUUACCAGCCCCAUCAACAAGCCCCUUCUCUGAACUCCACGGAGUAAUUUUCCUGCUUUCCUUGGUGUCUCGUCUCAACAGCUUUACAAUACAGCUGCCCCUUCCUUGACUUUAUUCUUUCCUUCUUGCUUUCUGUCUUACUGUGGCUUAGCAUGGGGGAAUGGGCAUCCCUCAGUGGCAGAAAAUCUGUUUUGCUAGCAGAGAGCAUCUCCAGGUAGGGCUGGAAAAGACUCUUGCUUGAAGCCCUGGAGAGCUGCCACUGUCAGUCAGUGCAGAUAAUGCUGAGCAAGAUGGACCAGUGGUCUGACUCGGUAUAAGGCAACUUCCUUUGUGUCUAUGAAUGAGCUUAUUCUUAACCAAGGCAGCCUUUGAGUUCCACAUUUGUUGUGUUCUCUGCAUGCAGAACUUUGACUAUUCAAGAAUGCCCUGAAGCACAUACCCUUACAAAAUUCUAUGCUAAUAAUAUAUAUGCUUUAAAAUGUUCCUUUUUUAAAAACCAAUCAUACCCUCCUCCAGCAUUUUACACAUGAGAAAGGGACAUUUUUCUAAAUCUCCAGUUCUCCUUCAAGGCUGUGUGUAUACCAGGCAUGGCCAAACUUGGCCCUCCAACUGUUUUGGGAUUACAACUCCCAUCAUCCCUAGGUAACAGGACCAGUGGUCAGGGAUGAUGGGAACUGUAGUCCCCAAACAGCUGGAGGGCCAAGUUUGGCCAUGCCUGGUGUACACCCUCUGUUUACUCUGCAUCCAGUGUGUUCCCAUUGUGGGCCUGGGAAGCAGUGUACUGAAUCUACAUUAUCCAGAAUCUGUAUCUAUCCUGUAGUUUCUUAGGAAAUAUACUGCAUUUUUACAUGUUUUCCUGCAAUCCAGCUUUGAUCCAAAUUGAGAAGCAUUUAAACUGGUUGUGUGUAUGUAGCCAAAGCCAGCAGUGCUGCUGAAGACCCUAAGUUAAUUCUGUAUGCUGAUGGAGUGACAGAGGGAAAAUGUCUUUUUCAGCUGGUUUUAUUUAUUUUGCCACUGGCUCUGUGUUUUACUUUGGUGUUUUGACCCUAUUUUUCAGUUUUUUAAUGUUAGCUGCUUUGAAUUCUUACUUGGAAUAAAAGUGGGAUCAUUUUUGUUUUUUUAAAAUAAAACAAACCAAAACUAAAACCAAACUUUAGCUUCAAUUCUUCUUUGGUAAAAUGGGGUAUGGGUGUUGGCUGCAGCUAGUAUUGCUUAUGCUUGUGAUACCAAGUCUUUUUACAAUUUUUCUUUUUACAGUUUAGUAUUCCCACUGAGAACAUACUACCUUUACGCAAAGACUGGAGUAGAAGCAGACGAAUGGAUUAAAAUACUGCAAUGGAAACUGGUAAGGAAGUGCCUAUCCCUCAAGUUCAGAUGAGUGUUUGAGCUUUCACUUGGUUCAUUUAAGAUAAAAGGAAACAUUUCAUGCUGAAAAUGUGUAACUCCGAACCCUUUAUUUCCUCACUGGCCUUACUAUGCAUGUAAAAAGAGAAAGUGAUAUCCCUAGCCUUUAAAGAAGUAUAUAAACUAAGGAGGUCUGCAGCUCAGAGAUAUAGAGCACAUGCUUUUACCUAAACAAUAUCAUUUCGUACCCAGCCUCUCCACACAGACAAGUGAGUCUGGAGAGCCACUGUCAGAGAGUAUAAAGUUUAGACAAAGCUGAGUAAGCUAGAUGGGCCAAUGUUCUGAUUCAGGGUAAGGCAACUUCCUAUUUUCCUAUCCAAAAGCCAGUGCAGAAGUCAUGGUACUUCUGUGCAGCACAGACCCAGUUUUCCAUUCCAUUUGCUGUUCUUUUGCACUGCAUCUGAGACGACUUCCGUAGGAACCUCCCCCCCCCGAGCUUCAUUGGUGGAGGGGGACAAAACCAUAAAGAAGGAAAUAACUGAAUCCCUGCUCCACAGGCUGAAUUGUAGCCACAGUUUGUUUAUAAGUGUGCACUAGGGUGUGGGCAUCUAGCCCUGUUCACUGAGGUGACCGGGCAUAGCUAUACUGAGGAAGGAGGGCAACAGAAGUGAGGGGGCUACCUUGGACAUGGAGGGCAUAGCUGUUCAGCCCUGGAGGCGAUGGGUGACGGCAGCAGAGGACCCAGAAGGAAAGGAUUACAAGCCUAGCAGUUGCACAUGUUUAGGCUCAGUUAUUUCUUGUACAGCACAUAGCGGAAACAGUAGCCUGGUUAGCAUGUCACUCUAAACCAAAACUUGACAACUCAGCCCAGAAGCAGAAUGUCCAGAGAGGCUAUGGACCUUCCUUCCAGGAACCCACAUGCUUGCACUAAGCUAUGGUUUGGUUUAGUGUGAUAAACAAAGCAGGCCAACUAUCUGCACCGCUGCCACCAGUUAACUUCUGAUACCUGCCAGUGCAGGCUUACCAAGUUGGAUGAUUAGGGAACAAUAAAAAAUAGCAGCACCUUAAUGAAGAUUAUAAAGGGGAAAAAAAAUCCCAUUUGAUAAACUCCUCAUCUCUCUGUUAUAUUAAUACCAGGUUUUUCUUUUUCUUUUUGUAGUCACAGAUAAGGAGACAAGCACGCCAGCGUGACUCAGGCACAUUCAGGCCAUAGCUAUUUCUUCAGCAAAUCUUAACUGCCACAAAGGCCCAGGUUGGUUCAAAUUAAUGCUCCAUCAAACCUGUCAUUGUGACCAUAAGAACUUCUGCACUGCUUAAAAGCAAAAACCCAUCAGGCCCAUCCAGAUGCCCAAAGAAAACCUACAAAAGUGGCAUGUUGGAGAUGCCGAUCUUUGUUCCCAGCAUCUGAUAACUAGAAGAAUGCAACCUUUAAAGAUGGAUAUUCUGCUUUUAGCUAUUGUGGCUAAAGGCUACUGAAGGCCUAUGCUCCCUGAAUUUGUCUAACCCUCUUUAAAAGCCAUCAUACGUAUUCACUAAAAGCUGAUCCUCAUACACUGAUGUCUAAGGUCCCACUUCCAUGGUGUGAUUUCCACACACCUGCUGCACCAAAUGAAUGAACUUUCAGCUGAAAUGUCUUGGAUCUUCUCAUAGCAUGGGCCAUUGUGUUACCUCUGAAGAUGUUCAUCCUUACACAUCUGGCAUGGACUGUUUUCUCAGCUAUUUACACCAUGCACUCUAGCAUAAGUGGACUUAUGGUCCCACACAGACUUCUGCGAUUUGUUAGUGACCCAUGACCGUGUCUGAUAAUGUUUGUUCCCAUGUGCAUUACAGCACAGAUGGAAAGAUUCAUGUCCAUCGACAUUGGCUAAUUCAAAUGGAACUUGUGUGUCAGAAUGUGCACCCAGCAAUGAAAUCUGCAUGCAUUCAACAUGUAUGCAGUCUUUGGUCUAGCAGGGAAAACCACAUUAGCAAGUUAUUUCUCUCACUUGCUGGAUCAUGAAAAAUGCAUCAGACAAAACUGCCAUCUAGUCCAGCUUUUUGUCUUCCAUGGUGACCAGCCAAAUCUUAUGGAAGCACACCAGCAGCAGCACAUGGGAGGGCAUGUGUUUAGCAUACAAUGCCAAUAAUUUCAAGCCUCUCCCACAUGCUCUUUAGAAACCAAGCUCAAGACAUAAAGUCACAGCACUUGGAGAAAAUUACCAUGGAGGCAUGCAAAAGCAGAUGCAACUGCCAAUAUAUUUUAGUGAAAUGUCCUUUUUAUAUGUGCGUGUUAAUGAGCAUAAGUGCCAACAGCAUUCAAAGUGCUCUUCUGAUUACUGUAAGGUAAGAUAACGGGGGACCAGCCUAUUGUACUAGUUUGGUUUUUUUAACCCUGUAAAGCAACCAUUUUUAUUCUCUCUCUGUGUGUUCUAUUAUUUAAUAUUCUUCUGUGUUAGCAGCAGGAACAUUUCAAAAUAUACUGUGAGUGCUGGGAAUCAGGGUAGGUGUAGAGAACAGGACAAUACGAAGGAAGGCUUUUCAAAGCUGUAUCUGGAACAAUUUAAUGCAUUUUGUAUCUCUCGUAAAAUUUCU